AUGCGCCUAAUCUUCAUCCUAUCAGUGAUCGUUGCGGCCACCUUCCAUGUCAGUAACGCCGCCCUAACUACGAAGGACUCUAACCAGGCCACGAUCGCAAAUGUGCCGUCGGCUGGUAUCAGCGGCGUACCAGAAGCGAAUAAUGGACGGCUUCUCCGCCGCGUCGAAAAGGACUCGGCCUUCGAUAACGAGACCGACGAAGAAAGAAUCUUUCAAAGACUUGGGGCAUAUCUGAAAAAGAUUCCCUCUAAGAUGAAGAAAUCGUGGAAGGAGAGCACAAACGAGAGAAUGAUGCACUGGCUAGAAGAAGAUACGAGGGUAUGUUGGACCAGGGGAUUGAUCCUAGACACAUUAUAG